GAGAGACCUGUUUGUUUGAGGCUCACUGUAUAAAGGAGGACGCGCUACAGCAAAGUCUGCCAGCAGCUUUCACACACUGGCACUUAGAAGAGUGGCAGCUAACAAAGGUCUUAAUGUUGAAAUAUUAUGGACACCAGAGCUGUCAUCAAAGCUUCCAGUUUUCUUAUCCUGACAAUCAUCAGUGUUCCUGCCAACCUGCUUGUCUGCUGUGCCUUCCUGCACAGCUACUUGGUCGAGGCCAAGCUCCUAACGGCUGACAUCAUUCUUUGCCAUCUGGCCUUCGCCAACCUCAUGGUAGCGUUUACUCGUAGUAUCCCACAGACACUGGCCGCCUUGGGCUAUGUGCACUUCUUUGAUGAUGUUGGCUGUAAAGUUUCUCUGCUCUGCUUCCGUGCCUUCCGGGGUCUUUCUAUUAGCCUCACUUGCCUUCUUUGUGUUUACCAGGCUGUAGCCAUCUCACCUGCCACCUCUCUACUUGCCUCACUGAAGACAAGGAUCCCCCAGUUUCUGAUGUACAUCAUUGUGUUUCUGUACCUGCUUUACUACUUUACAAGUGUCUCAUCUGCUCUUUAUGCUGUCUCCAGCCUCUUCAACAACACCAUUCCUCCUUAUACAUUUAAUUUAGAAUAUUGUUUUGUUUCAUAUAGGGAAUACUUUGCAUAUAUCUUUGUAGGUUUUGGUGUAAUGUCCAGAGACCUUGUGUUUAUACUGUUAAUGAUCAUCAUGAGUGGCUACAUCCUAAUACUUUUGUACCAACAUGGUCAAAAAGUUAAGAACAUUCGAAGCUCAGACCACAGCCAAAAAGGAGGCAGAGCAGAGACCAAAGCAUCUAGGGCGGUGGUCACCUUGGUCAUCCUGUAUGUUGUCUUCUUCGGCGUUGACAACAUUAUCUGGCUGUACACCAUGACCGUCUCAAGGGUGGCACUUCUUAUUUCUGACAUCCAGGACUUCUUUGCAACCCUAUAUACUUCAGUAUGCCCUAUUGUGGUGAUCACCACUAAUCCAAAAGUCCAAAGAAAACUAAAACUGGUCAAGAUGAAGAAAGAAGCCCAGCCCACCGAGAGCAGUACACACACAAUGUGAACAAUCAUUAUUUUUUCCACUGCCCUAAGAUAAAAUGUAACGAGUGAAAUGUAUCUUAUAAAUGUACCAGAUGUUUUAUAUUGUAAAUUUAGAUUAUAAAUGAAUGACAAAUCAAAUUAAAUUAAUUCCAUAAUUUA